GGCUCGUGGAUGAGAGGCUCGCGCGAGAGGCGGCGCAUGCGCGCUCACACUUUGUGCCAUAUUGGAAUGAGGUCGUGAACGACUAGGCGGAAAAAGACACGGCAUCUAAAACCGACUUGAAAAACUCCUCACUGAAACUGUUUGAUUGUCCUCCGGGGGCUUCAGACAUGAGCCUUGAGGCGCUGGAGUCUGAUGCGGACUCUGGUCAGGAUGUGUCAGAGUUUAACUGGGAUGACUACCUGGAGGAAACCGGGGCACUUUCUGUUCCUCAUCAUGCGUUUAAACACGUGGACCAGGGCCUGGAGACCGGUCUGACUCCUGGUAUGAAGCUGGAGGUGUGUGUGCGUACUGAAUCAGAAACAGCAUACUGGGUGGCCACAAUAAUCACCACCUGCGGACAGCUGCUGUUGCUACGAUAUGAGGGUUACCAAGAUGACCGGCGUGCCGACUUUUGGUGCGACAUCAUGACCGCUGACCUGCACCCGAUCGGAUGGAGCAAGCAGCAGGGCCGACCGAUGAGACCUCCAGAGGGUGUUCGUGAGAAGCACCAGGACUGGGAAGCGCUGCUGGAGAAAGCUCUGGCUGAAUCCUGCAGUGUGCCUGCUAGUUUGCUGGAAGGGGCUCAGCGUGGUUGCAAUCCUAUAGAUCUGUUAAGUCCGGGUCUAAACGUCGAGCUAGUGGACCGCCAAGAUGCUGGGGCAGUCUGGUCUGCAGUGAUUGAGGAGAACGUAGGAGGGCGCUUGCGGCUUCGAUAUGCCGGCACAGACGGGCUUCCUGACACCCAGUCCAUCACGUGGGUCUUCUACCUGGACCCCGUGCUUCAUCUGCCGGGCUGGGCACAGGAGCACAGCUGCACCUUUAGACCACCAGCGGCUCUGCUCACCCUGCGCACUGAAGCCGAAUGGGAGGAAGUUAAGAAGACCGUCUCAUCUCAGGUGCAGGACUCCAGCAUCAACGAGGAGUUUUACAGGGACAGAUCAGCCAUCAAUCCACACUCCUUUACUGAAGGGAUGAAGCUGGAAGCUGUGGACCCAGCAGCUCCUUUCACUAUCAGUCCGGCCACUGUGGCGAAGGUGUUUAAUGACCAGUUUUUUCUGGUGCAAAUGGAUGACAUAAGAGACGAGGCACAGAAAGAGGGAGGCAAAUGCUCCUUCCUGUGUCACAGAGACAGUCCAGGAAUCUUCCCUACACAGUGGAGUCUGAAGAACGGAGUCAAGCUGAGCCCUCCUCCAGGGUUCCAAGGUCAAGACUUUGACUGGGCGGACUAUCUAAAGCAGUGUGAAGCUGAAGCGGCCCCUCAGCAAUGCUUUCCUCCAGACCCUUCUGAUCAGUGCAUUAAAGAGUCCAUGAUGCUGGAAGCGGUCAACCCACUCUGCCCUGAAAACAUUCACGUAGCAACUGUUACCAAGGUCAAAGGUCAACACAUGUGGAUUCGUUUGGAAGGUCUGAAGCAAGCCAUCCCAGAGAUCAUAGUUCACACAGACUCUAUGGAUAUUUUUCCAGUGAGCUGGUGUGAGACCAAUGGCUAUCCUCUUCAGCACCCCUGCAAACCUAGAGUGGAGAAACAGAGAAAGGUUGCAGUUGUUCAGCCAGAGAAACAGCGGGUGCCAUCCAAAGACUCCUCACCUGAUACUACCAAACAACAGAUUAACAGCAGUCAGGCUGAGAUUGCAGGGCAGGCGAAUGGGAAAUACUGUUGCCCUAAGAUCUAUUUUAACCAUCGCUGCUUCUCAGGGCCCUACCUCAAUAAGGGCCGUAUCGCAGAGCUGCCACAGUGUGUGGGACCUGGGAACUGCGUCCUGGUGCUGAAGGAGGUGCUGACAUUGCUGAUAAAUUCUGCCUAUAAGCCCAGUCGAGUGCUGAGAGAGCUGCAGCUGGACCAGGAGGGCCGCUGGCAGGGUCAUGGAGAGACACUUAAAGCCAAGUACAAAGGGAAGAGCUACAGAGCGACGGUAGAGAUUGUUCGCACUGCAGACCAGGUGGCUGAUUUCUGUCGGAAAACCUGCAUUAAACUGGAGUGUUGUCCCAAUCUGUUUGGCCCAAAAAUGGUUCUGGAGCGCUGCUCAGAGAACUGCUCUGUGCUCACCAAAACCAAAUACACAUAUUACUAUGGGAAGAAGAAGAGCAGGCGUGUGGGCCGACCUCCCGGCGGACACUCCAACUUAGAAGGAGGUGUGAAGAGACGAGGCAGGAGGAGGAAGAGGAGGAAGCAGCUCUUCGUCCACAAAAAGAGACGUUCAUCUGCUUCAGUUGACAACACUCCAGCAGGUUCCCCUCAGGGCAGCGGUGAUGAAGAAGAUCUGGAUGAGGAUGACUCUCUUAGUGAAGACACUGGCUCUGAACUGCAAGAUGAGCUGAUGGAUGACUCUGAGUAUUCGGAGAAGAAGUCACAGCCCCCCACCCCCUCUCCCUCCCCUCCAGAAACCCCCCGUCCCACACGCAGACGGCGCAAGGCUCGCUCACCGUCCUGCUCAGAUGAUGAGAACAGGCCUCCUUCACCCAAGAGUCCACGUACUGAAGUUCCUCCGAAGCUGUGUUUGGACAGCAGUCCACUGGAAUGGAGUGUCACAGAUGUUGUGCGUUUCAUCAGGACCACCGAUUGUGCUCCACUGGCACGCAUCUUCAUGGAUCAAGAAAUUGACGGUCAAGCGCUGCUGCUGUUGAAUCUUCCCACUGUUCAGGAGUGUAUGGACCUGAAGCUCGGCCCUGCCAUCAAGCUGUGCCAUCACAUCGAGCGGGUCAAGCUAGCAUUUUACCAACAGUUUGCCAGCUCAGGGUGACACUUUGUAAAGAAGAGUGGGGCAUUUGACACUUCGGGUGACUUUCCUAAUGUUUGUGAUCUUCCUUUUGCUCUAUGGAACCUUUAAAAUCACUUAGCGCUUUAGACGCCUCCCGUACCGAUAGAUACUACUGGAGGGGUGUUUUUCAACAGGGUGAAUCUGGUACUUGUACAGCUGGGCUCUCUAUCUGAAAUUAAGCCUGGAUUACUGUUUAGCUUGUGGUCUUUUUUUUAAAGAUGAGUUCAGCUCAGGGUACGGUUAGACCUGAGUCAGAGGAACUAGUUCGUUCAGUGUCUGCAACAAUAAGCAAAGCUCGUUUCUGAAACCUUUAUUAACUGUAGAGCGGAUGACAAUGCAAUUACCUUAAGCACAAAAAUAAAAAAAAACAUUGCCCAUGUACUGUAAAUGGUAUGCAAAUGUGUACAUACAGGAGUGUGAAUGUAUAUAAUGUAAAUAAGCAGAUAUUAAAUGCUCCCAUUUUGGUUCAGUUUUCUAUAAAAGCUUGAGAAUUACACUGUAACACAACAGUGCGAAAGAUGAGGCCGUUGUGGUUUCUGUAAAUACUAAUAAUCAUUUGCUCAUCCUAACGAUGCAUUGUUAAAUAAAAGACAGAGUAAUAUGGUGUUAUGGUUAAGACAUAAGCACACAAA